CAAAACCCCCCCUAUAAAGAAAAAUGUAUAAAGUUUCAUUAAAUAACCGUAUUCCAUUAAACCGUCCUGUCAUAGCUGCAAGACGUCCCCUCUCCACCAAUGUACGCAAAGGAGGUGUCAGUAAAGCACUCGUUGGUGGUCUCCUCUUAUCCGCUGCUGGUAUGGCUUAUUACCAAAGUCAACAAAAGCAUGAUUUCUACGGAGAUUCAGACCCUUAUGCAAAAACCAAAAAGUCAUUGUCAAACGCUACCGAUCGUAUUGUUCAUGAUGACAACGUCAAGGAGAAAUCCUCAGGUGCUGUAGACGAAUUAGGUUACGCUGGUCAACAUAUCAAGAACUCAGCCGAGUUAGCUGCGGAUGCUGCUCGCAAUACACUUUCUACCGCUGAAAGGGAAGCUCAAUCCACUGCUUCUAAACUCAAGUCAGAAGCUCAAUCCGUCACUUCCAAUCUCAAGUCAGAAGCUCAAAACCUCAAAUCUUCUGCACUCUCUGAAGCUGAACGAUUGCGUGAAAAGGCCUAUCUCAAGGAAGGGGAUCGUUCUCCCGAAGACGUCGUUUCUCACGCUACUACUACUUCAACAACACGUCACGUGGAUGCUACCCUCAACAAGAAGGCAGAGGAUGCUAAUCAAGCUGCUUUUAAUGCUGCUAACAAGUUCAAGCAAGCCAAGGAAGCUGUUACCCAUGAAAUUGAACAAGACGUCAACAAAGUCUCAGGUUUCUUUAAAUCUUCUUCUUCAUCAUCGGAAGACACCCGUCACAAUCCCAUGGUGCAUGAAAAGAUCUCUUCCGACAAGACAAAACCCGAUUGGGAGUCCAGAUUUGAAAAUCAAGCCAAUCAAAAACUCAAGGAUACUUCCAAGCUUGUUGAAAAGGACACUGAAAAGGUAAAACAAGUUUGGGACGAUGGUACUUCCAAUGCCAAGGCCUCUCUUUAUAAUGUGGAGAGUGAUGUCAAGUCCGCUGUUGAGGAAAAAGCAAACGCUGCCAAGGAAACUGCUUCCUCUGUUAAAUCCUCCCUUUUCAACCUCUUUGGUGCUGCUGAAGAUACCGUCAAGGAUACCGUGAAGGAUACCUCUCAUAAGCUCUCCUCCGCUGCUGCUCAUGCGAAUGCUACUGCUAAUACUACAGAUCGUACUCCCUGGGAAGAUAGAUUAGCUGCUGAAAAUGCCGUACCCGGUCAAACCGAUCAAGACAUUGUGAACGCCACGAAACCUCCUGCACCCGGUAAAAAGGGUACCUCCUUUGAUUACUACCAUCAUGCUGAAAAGGAAGGUAACCCCAUGGUUAUGGAAAAACACAGCGCUGAAAAGACAAAACCUCUUUGGGAAUCCAGUCUCGAAGAUCAUGCCAAGGAGGUCGUACGUGAUACAAGCACACUCGUCGAUAAGGAUACCGAGAAAGUAAAGCAAGGUGUCUGGGAUGCUAAAUCUAUCGCUAAUGAAAAGGCUGCUGCUUCCGCUCAUCGUCAAGAAAACAAUGGAUUCUGGGCCAGUCUCUUUGGUUCAAGUGAAAAGAAGGUAGCCAAUCAAGUUGAAGAUCAUGCCGAAGAAGCUAAACACAAGUGGGAAGGUUUGAAAUCGCAAGCCAAGGAUGCGGCGGUGACCAAGGAUGACGUCAAGGAGACUGCUUCUCAAACAUGGCAAGAUGCUAAAGCCAAGGCCUCUCAUGAAGCCACACGUGCAAAGAACAAUGUCAAUUCCACCAUCAAUGAUCUCUCCAACAAGUCAAACGCUGAAGCCAAUCGUCUCGAAACGGGCUGGAACAAUUUGAAGAACGAUGCCAAUUACGAAGCGGAACAAGCACGCAAUAAAGCGGAAAAUGUUGCAACCAAGGCCAAGAAUGAAACAGGUCGUGUUGCCUCUGAUGUUACCAAUACAGCCAAGGAUAUCAAGGAUGAAGGAGCUCGUUUAACUCGUCAAGCCUCUAACAAGAUUGCUGGUAGUUUGGAUGAAGCUUCUGCUCAAGCCGAGUCUUUAAAAUACAAGGCUGAAGAUACUGCCAAGAGUUGGUAUCAAAAGGGAACAGAACAAGUCAAAUCAAGCAUCAAUACCGUUAAAAACGUAGCUGAUCAAGAUAUCAAUUGGGUCGAGGAAAAAAUUGAAGGCGCUAAAGAUGAAGUGGAUCGUUUAUUGGGUUUCAAGGAUCCUCGUCAAACAGGACUUGAAGGUCAUGUUCGUCGUGGAGAAAAAUUCGCUGAGGAUGAAGCUGGUCAAUUAAGAGCCACUCGUGAUAACGUUGGUUUAAAACCUGCUGAAGUCGUGGUUGAAGAAGCUCAUAGCAAGGACUUGUAAAUCUUUUCUCUCAUUAUAAAAAAAUCUCUCUCUCGUUUUGUUUGUAAAUAAUCAUAGUAAUAAUAAAAAAAAAAAAAAAA